AAUCUGAGAGAAGUUAUCCUAUAAGGCAUAAAAUCUUGUUUCUGUUCUUUCUUCAGCUAUUAUUGUGUACAGGUUGCCCUGGACCUGGAAGUGCAGCAAACUCCUAAUGAAGUUCAUACAUGCUGGAUUAAAUACCAUAGCUAUGAUUCUUGCAAUUGUUUCUAUGGUAGCUGUGUUUGAAUACCACAAUGCCAGGAACAUUCCUAACAUGUACAGUCUGCACAGCUGGAUUGGGCUGACUGCUGUUGUAUUUUAUUCUCUCCAGCUUUUCUUGGGUUUUGCUGUCUUUCUGCUCCCUUUUGCUCCAGUUCCUCUCCGAGCAGCUCUCAUGCCAAUACACGUUUAUUCGGGUCUUACCAUCUUUGCAACAGUGAUUGCAACAGCUCUCAUGGGAAUCACAGAAAAGCUUAUAUUUUCAUUGAAAAAUCCUGCAUAUAGUGCAUCCCCACCAGAGGCAACUUUUGUCAACUGUCUUGGUCUUUUGCUUGUCAUAUUUGGUGCACUUAUUUUGUGGAUGGCAAGCAGGUCCCAUUGGAAGCGCCCCCCAGAAGAGAAUGCUAAAGUUCUGCGGCCCAUUGGAGGGACUCCUGAAGGUGCAGAAGCAGAAUCCACAAUGACAGAUGGUAGUAAUGCAGAUAAAUCUGAUCUGAGGAUCAAUAGUGAAGCAGCCAGAAAACAAAACCUCAAACUUGAUGAAGCAGGCCAACGAUCAACUAUGUAAAGAAAAUACACAGAAUAACAGUACUAUUACACUGCCA